UGAAAUCUGCAAUUAAGGAAAAACAAAAUCCAUCUCAGAGCUUACAACAUCCGAGGAGGCCCAGAUCGGCAUCUUCCUUGGGGUUUUGAUUUAAGUGAUAUAUGAUCCCUUAAAAAACUCAAGUGUGUGUGUGUGCGCGCGCGCUUUCUGCUUCCCUCAUGGCGGCUCCGUUCUUUUCAACGCCGUUUCAGCCCUUUGUUUAUCAGAGUGAGCAAGAAGAUGUUACGCCUUUUCAGAUUUUAGGUGGCGAGGCUCAAAUAGUUCAGAUAAUGUUGAAGCCAGAAGAGAAGGUCAGUGCAAGACCAGGUUGUAUGUGCUACAUGUCUGGAUCCACCCAAAUGGAAAACGUUUAUGCCCCAGAAAAUGAGGCAGGAAUGUGGCAGUGGCUCUUUGGCAAGAAUGUGACUAGCACACUUUAUUUAAAUACCGGUUCAAGUGAUGGAUUUGUUGGCAUCGCCGCACCUUCUUUAGCAAGGAUUCUCCCGAUCGACUUAUCAAAGUUCGGCGGUGAAAUUUUAUGCCAGCCAGAUGCAUUCCUUUGCUCCGUCGGUGAUGUCAAGGUCAGUAAUACGUUUGAUCAGAGGGCACGUAAUGUUUUACCUGGUGUCGAGGGAUUCUUGAGACAAAAGCUAUCUGGCCAAGGCUUGGCAUUCAUAGUUGGGGGUGGAUCUGUGGUGCAGAAAAAUCUUGAGGUGGGUGAGAUACUUUCAGUCGACAUGUCGAGUAUUGUUGCCCUUCCAUCUACAGCUAAUGUGCAAAUAAAAUAUAAUGGCCCGAUGCGAAGAGUGGUCUUUGGGGGGGAGAAUCUAGUAACAGCAAUGUUGACGGGACCUGGCAUCGUCUUUAUUCAGAGCAUGCCCUUCCCUCGGCUUUCUCAACGCAUCGCUAGGGCAGUGACAUCACCAAACAUGAGAGACAAUCCAAAGUUGUUCAUGCAGAUAGCAAUUUUCUUCUUUCUUGCUUAUGUUGUGGUUGUUUCAUCUUUCAUCUUAACAGACAUAUGAUUUUUGUUUUUAGUUUUCUUGUAAAGAUUUAGAAAUUUGGGUUCAAGACAAACCCAAAUGAGUGUGUAAAGAUUAUAACCAUUUUUUGGUGGAAUUUUUAUUGCUGAGCGUAUUGUAUAAAUCAAAU